UGAUUUAUUCAAUCUCAGGGAUUUCUUCCUGAGGCACACCACAAUUUUGUGUUAGACACAUGAAAGCAAAUUGGUGCAAGAGAUGGGGAUCUGGGGAAUAUAAGAACUAUCUGUGGUGGGCAGCUUGGAGUACCUAUGAAGAAGAUUUCCAAAAUUAGUUAAAGAGUAUGAGUCAAUUGGAUAAUGAUGGUAAAGUUGUUGGUGAAGAUCUGUUCAAGUAUCCACCUACUUGUUGGAGUAGGGCCUUAUUCGAUACUACCUGCAAGAACUAGUCAGUGGAUAAUAACCUGACUGAGUCAUUCAAUGCAUGUAUAUUGCAAGCGAGAUACAAGCCAAUUAUAAAAAUAUUAGAGGAGAUCAGAAUCAAGGUUAUAAAUAUGUUGAAUGAUAAUGAAGCUAAAGUGAUGGGUGGGGAUUGCAUAACUAAUUCAUGAGGAUUGCACAAAAAUGUCAUGUGAAUGAUAGUGCUAACCAAGGUUAUGAGGUGGCAGAAGGUAGUGAUAGGCAUAUUGUCAAUCUGGGGGCAAAAAAAUGCAUUUGUAGGAUACGGGACCUUUGUGGAAUUCCAUGUCCUCAUGCAAUUUGUGCCCUACUGUACAAGAAGGUUGAUCCUUUAAGUGAGAUUCACUGGUACCUUUCAAAAGAGGCAUAUCUCCAGACUUAUUCUCAUAAGUUACAACCUGUGAGAGGAGAAAAGUUCUGAAAGUUAGAGCCUUCCCAGAAUAUAGAACCACCUGAAUUUGUAAGACAGACUGGCAGACCAAAAGUGAAAAGAACAAGAGAGGCAAAUGAGUCAACCAAUAGACAAGGGCAAUGGUUUCAAUCUAGAAAAGGGAGAGUAAUGACGUGUAAUAAUUAUGGAGAACAUGGACAUAAUGCUAGGGGAUGUGCCAAGUACUCUAAAGGAAAACAACCAAUGAGUGGCAAUUCAAGGGGGAAGCAUAAAAAACAAAGAACUUUGGUUGAUGAACCUAAUUCUGAACAGCCUACAUCACCAGUUGCUGCAGAUAUUCCAACUGAAGAUGGCUUCCAUUUAUCAGCAUCCCAGCCAAGUCAAAACAGUCAGUCCAACAACUUUGUGUUUAUGCCAACCCCUACAGUUCAAAGGCAACUUCCAACUAGCAAUGAUCUAGAUUUUGAGAUCCCUAACUUUGAACCUGAGCCUCACAUAGCUUUAAGACCAAAGAGCAUCUCAGAAGUAAGGACAAGACUCCAGCUGAGGCAGAAAAAUGUACCAAUUGCAACCAGGCAAAUUGAAUUUGUUGGUGAUUCAAGAGGUGCAAGUCAGCCUUCAAAGCUUACUUUCUCAGCAAAAGGCCUAACAUGGCUGGAAAAAUCUGCCAUCACUAAAAAUCAGUUGAACAAACAAAGGUUGAACAAGUUGAAAGCAAGAAAGGGUAGUGGUAAGGAGCAAAAGUAA